UGGCGUACUCUGUAUGCGCGCAUCGGCAGGGAGAUUCCGCGCGGAGAUGAGCGUACGGACGGUAGUCCUGCGAGCCUCGUCGUCGUCCUCGUCUUCCUCCCGAUGAUGCCGUGUCCCGGGACUCGGGCUCCGUGCGGCGAGCAGGAGGACGUCAUCGCCACCGCCGGCAGGACGAAGGACACGCCGUCGGUGUGAGGACCGCUCCUCGCUCCUGGCGGCAGUGACCAUGGCGCCUGUCCUGCCGUGUAAACAGUGCUUCGAAAGAUACGACCCUUUUCCCGGACCGCCGCCGUGUCCUUGCUGACGAGUGGACGGAACAUCCGGUUUCAAGAAUACCCGACAAGACCGCGGGAAGAAAUCAGGAACGUUUCGUUGAAAAACGAGAAUAAGCAAAAAGAGAGGAAGAAGGAAAGAAAGAAAAAGAGAGAGAAAACAAAACGGGAGACUCGCCGUAAUUACUGUGACUCUGUGGUGAUUCACGUGAUCGAUCCGCACACGGUCCACCCCUUCCUCACGUGGCGAGCUCGUCGAAGCUGAAAAGUGAUCGGCUGCGAUGGUGUCGCGUAAAGUGAUGUUCGUUCGCGUCGCGAAUCCCGACGAGGACAGAGGAAGCCGUGCGCCUUCGUGUUCGCUGCAGUCGACGCACACUCACAGUAGACUGAGGUGUAUCAUCCUGCACUACAAAAGACAUAUCGCUUAUCCACCAUAAGGGGUCACAGGUGAUGGCACGUUUUACGCGCCCUCGACGAAGAAUGGCGAACACGACUGACUCAGCCGCAACGACCGGCGACAGCCUUCUCUCGUCCUCGACGACGGCACCGUUCACCACCCCGUCGACAUCGGCGAGCUACUCGAGCGAGGGUUACACCUUCAACUACAGCGGUCUGCCCAGCCUCGGCGGCUAUUCGCUGGACGACCUCAACUACACAGAACUGUGGGUCGACGUUUGGAACGGCACCGAGGUCAACAACGUCACCGAGAGACUGAACACGACGGUUCUGAGACCGGACAGCUACUGCGACGAGUGGGAGGCCGCACAGCACAAACUCUUCCAGGCGGCGAAUAUAUUUUUUGCGUUUGCAUUUCUGGUGCCGCGCUGGUUCAAGAUUUCCAUCUUGGCUCUCCGCACAUGUCUCACGGUGGGCUUCAUGCUGGCGGCCCUCUGGGCCGGGAUCACUAUAUGCGCCCUGGACGCCAUGCUGUGGUGCUUAGCCCUCGGUCUGCUUAACGGUAUACACUCGCUGAUACUCGCCUGCCGAUUCUUGCCGCCUGCCCUCAGCCCUGAGCUAGCCGAGCUGUACAUGAAGCUCUUUAAGCCGUACAAGGUCAGCAAGAAGCACUUCCAGGAGCUGGCGAAGGAGGCGAGGAUAUACAAGCUGGAUCCCGGACAGACUUACGCGACAGAGGGAGUCACCUCGGCGGACGAGAGGUUGUCUAUCCUUUUACGUGGGAGACUGAAGGUAACUUGCGACGGGACCCACUUGCACUAUAUCAGAGCUUACCAAUUCGUCGACUCACCCGAAUGGGAGGCCAUGCACGAAAACAUCGACGACGUCUUCCAGGUGACGAUACGGGCCGAGGAGUACAGCACGUACAUCUGUUGGACGAGGCUCAAGUUGCAAAGGGUGCUUCGGCACAGGCCCCUACUCAAGGUCCUCCUCAACACUCUCAUCGGUAAGGACAUUACGUCCAAGUUGUACGCCCUUAACGAGCAGCUCGCUGGUGUCGCGACCGCCAGUGAGAACGCCACGUCGAAUCCUUACAGGGGAGUCUCGAGGAGCCUCAGCGUCGACGCCGUUAACACCGAAGUCGCCGGAAGGGUUCGAUCGGCGACCUGGAAGACGCAGAGGCGACACAGUAAUCCGCGCAACGACAAGAUUAUCCCGCCCCGGUACUCGAAUCAGUACUGGGCGCCGGUGGUGGCGAACCACUUCCCGCCGACCUCGCCGUUCAUCCAGAGCCGGGACCUCGGCUACUCGUUACUGCCGCAGGGUGUCCAGUUCUCGCCACCUCCACGAGCACCCUUACUGUCCCACUCUUCGUUGGCGCGGCAACGAAGCGGGGGUGCUGGUGGCGACUACACCCUGCUACCUCAGACACCGAAGCUCGAGAGGAAGCGAUCGAAAAAAGCGGCCCGAGAGGUCACUUUUGAGACUCCGGUAUGACGUUCGCUCGACGGGGAAGGCCCUGCCAGCGUGCCUCUACUCUCACUGUCGCCGCAGCGCUCCGCCUAGCCCCGUCGUCGUCUCGUCACCUUGAUG